AUGGACGAGGGUAAGAACCACGAAUCAAAAUUUGACUCCAAUGGAGACCGGGUCGUCAAGAAAUCCAUCCCCUAUGAUGAGAAGUACGAGUGGGCGGAGGAUGGACAUCAGGAAGAUACCACGCGAGGCAUCUUUGACUUUGACGAGAAGGAGACGAUUAGCGGGAAGUUCGAGAAUCCCCUGGCAGGGAUCCCCAAGGCUAAGCUCUUCCAGGACGUGGAAAAGUUCUGCCGUGAUCAUGACUUGAUGGAAAAGCUUGAGAUGAUGAAAAAAGGGGCACUAGUUGCACAAUCGCCCCUGAGGUUCCACGAGAUCGAAGAAUUAUCGAACGAAGAUAUCGCCAUCCUCGAGCGCGAGAAGUCACACAAGUGGAACCAGCCAUGGAUGCUUUACUGGCUCACGGUUAUGUGUGCAAUGGGUGCAGCAACCCAGGGCAUGGAUGAGUCUGUCAAUAACGGCGCAGUAGCCUUCUACCCAACGCAGCUGGGCAUUGACAAACUGAGUAACGCCACUUGGAUUGAAGGCCUUGUUGUGGGUGCUCCGUACCUUGCCUGCGCCCUGAUAGGCUGCUGGCUCAACGAGCCUUUGAACUAUUUCUUUGCUCGCCGCGGAACCAUCUUUAUCUCCUGUUUCUUUGCGGCCUGGGCGUCUAUAUGGGAGGCCUUUACAUAUUCCUGGGGCCAGCUGUUUGCAGCUCGGUUUGUCCUAGGACUGGGCAUUGGAGCAAAGUCAAGUACUAUUCCUGUUUAUGCGGCCGAGUGCGCUCCAGCACCCAUCAGGGGCGCUCUUGUCAUGCAAUGGCAGGUGUGGACCGCAUUCGGCAUCAUGAUCGGCAAUAUAAUGGGCGUCGCGUUCUAUUCGUUGGGCCCAGACAUUGGCUGGCGUGUCAUGCUUGGAUCAAGCUUUGUCCCACCUGUUUUUGUAAUGGCACAGGUAUUCUUUUGUCCAGAGUCUCCACGAUGGUUAAUCCAGAACCACAAAGUCCCGAAAGCUUAUCGAUCGUUCCGCCGCAUCCGCAACACUGAACUUGAGGCUUGUAGAGAUCUUUUCUACACCUAUGUUGGUGUCGAGAUAGAACGUAGAAUCAACAAAGGCAAGAACUUUUUCACUAAGCUUGCCGAACUGUUCUCCGUUCCACGAAACCGCCGGGCCACUAUGGCUACUUGGAUGAUUAUGUUUGGCCAGCAGUUCUGCGGUGUCAACGUCAUUGCCUACUAUUCCACCACAAUCUUCGUUGAAAGCGGCUAUACCCACCCUCAGGCUCUGCUUUUCUCCAUGGGGACAGGCAUUUUGAAUUGGGUAUUUGCCCUACCAGCAUUCUUUACUAUUGAUACAUUUGGAAGGCGUUUUCUACUUCUAGUUACUUUCCCCUUCCUUUGUGUCACUCUUCUGUGGACUGGCAUGUCGUUCUUCCUACCAGAACACAGCACGAAACGAACAGCGAUGAUCACGACGGGAAUGUAUCUUUACGAAGUAUUCUACUCCCCGGGCAUGGGCCCGGUACCAUUCUCAUACUCUGCAGAAUCCUUCCCAAUCCAGGUUCGUGAUGUCGGCAUGGCUUCUGCAACCACGGUUCUCUGGGCGUUCAAUUUUAUUCUUUCGUUUACCUGGCCGGCACUGGUUAAAGCUUUCAAACCUCAGGGUGCCUUUGGCUGGUACGCCGCCUGGUGCGCAAUACUAUGGUUACUCACUCUUCUCAUCUUUCCGGAAACCAAAGAACUCACCUUAGAAGAGCUGGAUGCUGUCUUUAGCGUCCCUACGCGCAAGCAAGUCGCUCGUGGCAUGCGGGAGCCAAUUUAUUGGGUGAAUAAAUAUGUGCUUCGUCGGAAUGUUGUACUCCCGCCACUGGUGGACAUCCAGCAGCUACGAGGUGAGAAGAAGGAAUCUCGCAUGGCCGGUGCUGUUUGA